AUCUCUGGUGGCUUGACAAAUCUAAAAUUUGCACUGUAAUUGUUCAACUAUUUUUUGUGAAGGAGUACGAUUUUUUUUGUAAAUUGUAAUAGAGAUAAAAAGAACAUUAUGCCCGAAGCCACUAAAGCUGAAAAGAAACUAGCCUCUUCUUCCAGUGAGAAGAAGGAACAAGAUCCAAAAGCGGCCACAGAUAAGAAAGACCCUAGCAAGGAUGAAAAAGAACAAGAAUUAUCCGAUGAAGAUCAACAGUUGCAGGAAGAAUUGGAUAUGCUGGUCCAACGCCUUCAAGAACCCGACACCAAAUUGUAUUUACCUGCUUUGGAAAUGAUGGCGAAGUUAAUUAGAGCUUCUACAACCUCAAUGACAUCUGUGCCCAAGCCGUUGAAAUUCAUGAGACCACAUUAUGAAACCAUGAAGAAUUUGUACAAGCAAAUGCCCGAUGAGAAGACAAGGCAUUUAUGUGCUGAUGUCAUAUCGGUCCUCUCCAUGACCAUGGGAAGUGGAAAGGAUUGUUUGGCCUAUAGAUUUUUGUGCGAUAGAUCACAAAAAAUUGGCGAAUGGGGUCAUGAAUAUGUUCGUCAUCUUUCCGGUGAGAUUGCUGCUCACUAUUUGGAUACUUCCGGGGAAUUCCGUUCGCAGCUUAUAGAAUUGGUUAAGCAAAUUAUACCCUACAAUAUGGAACACAAUGCUGAGGCCGAUGCUUGUGAUUUACUGAUUGAAAUUGAUCAUUUGCAUUUGCUGCAGGAUUACGUUGACGAGUCGGCAUAUCCUCGAGUUUGUUUGUAUCUUCAAUCAUGCUAUCCAUAUGUCCCCGAACCCGAUAAUACCAUUAUCUUGGAGACCGCUUUGCAAUUGUCUCGCAAAUUCAAUCAAUAUACUCAGGCCAUGCGUUUGGCCUUGAUGCUUAACGAUAUUGACAAGAUCACAGAAAUUUUCAAGGAAUCCAAGGAUGCUGCUGUCCAAAAACAAUUGGCAUUUAUGCUGGCCCGACAGCAGGUCUGUUUGGAGUUGGAUGAAUCUUUCCCCGACUAUGACGACUUAAUGGAAAUAAUGUCAAAUGCAAAUUUGAAUAAACAUUUCUUGAAUUUGGCUAGAGAACUAGAUAUUAUGGAGCCAAAGACACCAGAAGACAUUUACAAGUCCCAUUUGGAUAAUGCAAGAACAAGAUUUGCUUCAAUUCAGGUGGAUUCUGCUAAGCAAAAUCUAGCCGCAAGCUUCGUAAAUGGCUUUGUUAAUGCUGGCUUUGGUGUUGACAAGCUGCUCUCCGAAGACGGCAACAAGUGGUUGUACAAGAACAAGGAGCAUGGCAUGUUGUCAGCCACUGCAUCUUUGGGUCUUAUCCUAUUGUGGGAUGUCGACGGCGGUCUAACCAUGAUUGACAAGUAUUUAUACUCCACCGAAGACUACAUCAAAUCUGGUGCUUUAUUGGCUUGUGGUAUUGUCAAUUGUGGUAUACGCAAUGAAGUCGACCCCGCCCAUGCUUUGCUUUCCGACUAUAUUCACAACCAAAACACCUCUAUGCGUAUUGGGGCGAUUUUGGGCUUGGGCAUAGCCUAUGCCGGUUCAAAUCGUUCUAUUGUCAUUGACACCUUGAAGACCGUUUUCUCCACCCCUCCAAGUGUCGAAAUUAUGGGAAUCACCGCUCUUUCUCUAGGGCUCAUUGGUGUUGGGUCCUGCAAUGCUGAAAUCACAGAGAUUCUACUACAGACUAUCAUGUUUUUGACGAAGUCGGACUUGAAGGAUACCUUUGCUCGAUUCCUAUUCUUGGGUUUGGGUCUACUCUAUCUUGGUCGUCAAAAGGCUACUGAAGCUGUAAUGCUGACUUUGGAAGUUGUGGAAGAGCCUUACAAAUCAAUGGCUACCACCAUGGUGGAUAUUUGCGCUUACGCCGGCACUGGCAAUGUGUUGAAAAUUCAACAACUUUUACACAUUUGCUCAGAUCAUUAUGAGACUGCAGCUAGCAGCGAAAGUGAUGAUAAGAACAAAAAGGAUAAAAAUAACAAAGAAAAGGAAAAGGCCGAAAAAGAGAAGGAAAAAGAGAAGGAUUUAUCGGCAACACAGUCCAUUGCUGUAUUAGGCAUUGCUCUCAUUGCUAUGGGUGAAGAUAUUGGCGCUGAAAUGGCGUAUCGUUCAUUCGGAAACUUACUGCGUUACUGCGAACCCUGCAUACGUCGUGCUGUACCCCUUGCAUUAGGGCUGAUAUCUGCCUCCAAUCCCAAACUUAACAUUUUGGAUACUUUAAGCAAGUUCUCCCACGAUAGUGACGCCGAAGUUGCCCACAAUGCCAUUUUUGCUAUGGGUCUUGUUGGUGCUGGCACCAAUAAUGCCCGUUUAGCCGCUAUGUUACGUCAAUUGGCCCAAUAUCAUUCAAAAGAUCCCAGCAACCUGUUUAUGGUGCGCAUUGCCCAAAGUUUAACGCAUUUGGGUAAAGGUACUCUUACUCUCAGUCCGUACCAUAGUGAUCGUCAACUUAUGAAUCCCAUGGCAGUUGCUGGUCUUAUGGCCGCUUUAGUGUCCCUACUCGACGUUAAAAAUCUAAUUUUAGGACGCUCCCACUAUCUGUUGUACACAUUGGUGCCAGCCAUGCAGGCUCGUAUGUUGGUCACAUUUGAUGAGGAUCUCAAUCAAUUACAAGUGCCCGUGCGUGUUGGUAUGGCUAUCGAUGUUGUGGGACAAGCUGGUAAACCCAAAACCAUUACUGGCUUCCAGACACACACUACACCCGUGCUAUUAGCGAUGGGUGAACGCGCUGAAUUGGCCACAGAAGAAUACAUCGCUCUGACACCUAUAAUGGAAGGUUUUGUAAUACUUAAGAAAAACCCCAAUUAUGUAAAAUAAGUAGUGCGUAUCUGAAUGCAGAACGAGAAAAAUUGUAAGUUAAAAUUUAUCAACUAUAUAUAGUGUGCUUUUCAUCGAUUUCUAACAUACUCUAUAAAAAGGCUUUUCACAUUACAUUGCUGCAAACGAUAACAUAAUUAUUUGUAGUGACCCAACUAAAGUAAAUGUAAUGUUUCAGUCCUUAGUCAUUCAUAAUGAGGACAUUAAAAUAAAAUUUUCUUUUUUUAA